CGGAUCACAUUGCACGACAACAACAGCAGCCAAAAUGGGUCGUGUUAUCAGGAACCAGAGGAAGGGUCGCGGUUCCAUCUUCGUGGCCCACACCCGCCUCAACAAGGCCCCCGCCAAGCUCCGGACCUACGACUAUGCUGAGCGUCACGGCUACGUCCGUGGUGUCGUGAAGGAGAUUGUUCACGACGCCGGACGUGGCGCUCCCCUCGCCAAGGUCGUCUUCCGUGACCCUUACCGCUACAAGCUCCACACCGAGACUUUCAUCGCGAACGAGGGCAUGUACACCGGCCAGUUCAUCUACGCCGGAAAGAACGCCAGCUUGACGAUCGGCAACGUCCUUCCUCUCGGCUCUGUUCCUGAGGGUACCGUCGUCUCCAACGUCGAGGAGAAGAUUGGUGACCGUGGUGCGCUUGGAAGGACUUCCGGCAACUACGUUACCGUCAUUGGCCACAACCCCGACGAGGGCAAGACCCGCAUCAAGCUGCCCUCCGGUGCCAAGAAGGUCGUCAAGAGCUCCGUCCGCGGUAUGGUCGGUAUCGUCGCUGGUGGUGGAAGGACGGACAAGCCUCUUCUGAAGGCUUCCCGCGCCAAGCACAAGUUCGCCGUCAAGCGCAACUCUUGGCCCAAGACUCGUGGUGUUGCCAUGAACCCCGUUGAUCACCCUCACGGUGGUGGUAACCACCAGCACAUCGGUAAGGCCUCUACCAUCUCCCGCUACGCCGCCCAGGGUCAAAAGGCCGGUCUCAUCGCUGCCCGGAGAACUGGUCUGCUCCGUGGUACGCAGAAGACGAAGGAGUAGAUUCUCGGGUGAUGCAUGGGUUUGGGUGUUCUUUGCUGCGGGUUCGGAUUUCCUUGGGGCCAAUAGUAGCCUUAUGUACCAGGAAAUAAAAAACAUGGUGCGAACAAGGCUUCUUCAGUUAUUUCCGCAACGAGCCCACGGUAGAUUCCAGACUGGGCACGUGUGCGACCACUCAGUAUCAAUUGAAAAUGGCUCACGGGCAGAUCGUUUUGCCUUAACGAAUGAUAAUGCUCUUCGAGAUGACGUCCAUAAAUAGGAG